AUGUCCAACUUAACGUUGGCAAGUCACAAGCGGAUACUUACGCGGUAUACUAACCAAUUACAAAAAACCCUAACGCGGUUCAAAGACGCGCAGUUGAAAGAAAUUGGAAUUCAAAAUCUGCAAGAUGAGAUAAGGCCCGCCGUCAUUCACACAAGCCUGCAGCAGUUAGAAGGAGCUGCAGCCCUAGAGAACAUGACCACAAAGAUUCAAGACAAACUGGACGAACUCGGUACCAUAAUCGAAAAGACACAUCUGACGCUACCAAAUAUUGAAGACGAGUUCGCACAAUAUUCGAGUGCCGCUGAAGAAGCGAUUGGCAAUACUUUCGAAUACCUCGUACUCCUCCAAGCUCGGAUCCAUGGCUUCAAGGCUCACGCUAAGCUUCUCAACACAUCCCACAAACCCUCCACUACAAACAGUGGGAACGAUUAUCUCGUUGGAACAGUGGGAAUCCAUGUCACUGCGGUCGUGAAGAAGCCAGGACUACCCACAAUUACCAUCCCGACAUUCAAUGGUGACAUUUAG